UUCCCAUCCUUACCGCAUACCGGAAUUGUCAUCACGCCGCUAGUCCUCGGCCAUUUUUUACAAGUGCAAGCUCCGAAACACAAAACACAACACAGAACAGUUAUUGCUGUGAUUAUAUUCGGAGCACACCACCGCACUCGGGCGUGAUCAGCAGUCAUGUCUGACUUUAUUGAGAGCGAGGCAGAGGAGUCGGAGGAGGAGUUUGAAGAGAAAGAUCUAAAGCCCAAGAAGACGCAGAGGUUCAUGGAGGAAGAUGAUGAAGAGGAAGAAGAGAACACAGAGGACCAGGACGAGCAAGGAAAUUUACGCGGGCUAAUCGAUGAUGGAGAUGAGGAAGGGGAGGAGGAGGAAGAGGCUGGAAGAAGCGCAAGUGGAGGUGGGAGUGACUCGGAAGAAGAAGUGAAGCAUCGUCGGAAAAAGCGCAAUUAUGACGACUACCUGGAUGAUGAUGAUCUGGACCUUAUUGAGGAAAACUUGGGUGUUAAAGUGAAAAGGAGGAAGAAGAAAUACGACCGUGUAAAAACACUGGAUGAUGACGAAGAGGACGAUGAUGAGAAGGACUUGAUCGCUGACGAGAUCUUCCACGGGGACGGUGACGGUGACUUGGAGGAAGGCGAGGCUGUUGACGAGCCCCUCCAACGCCCAGAUGAUGAUGAAGAAGGAGAGGACGAGGAGUCAGAUAUAGAUGAUUUUAUUGUGGAUGAUGAUGGCCAGCCCAUCACCAAAAAGAGAGGGAAGAAGUUCUCCGGAUACACAGACGCUGCCCUGCAGGAGGCCCAGGAGAUUUUCGGUGGGGACUUCGACUUUGCCGACUUUGACGCAGACGCCUACGACCAAGGUGAGGAGGAGGAGGAGGAUCAAGAUGAAGAGAGUUGGGACCGUCCAAAGAAACAGACCAAGAGGAGACAGGGGAGGAAGAGCAUCUUUGAGAUCUAUGAGCCCAGUGAGCUGGAGAGCAGUCACAUGACGGACCAGGACAACGAGAUCCGGUCUACAGACAUGCCAGAGAGGUUCCAGCUGCGAUCCAUCCCUGUUAAACCUGCAGAGGACGACGAGCUGGAAGAGGAAGCAGAGUGGAUCUUCAGACAUGGCUUCUCCACUCUUACUAUCUCCAUGCAGGAGAGUACAGAUUAUCUAGACAGAGGAACAACUACAAACUUCAGCAGGAAAGGCCCGAGCACAAUUGCCAAGAUCAAAGAAGCUCUCAACUUCAUGAGGAAUCAACAGUUUGAGGUUCCAUUCAUAGCUUUCUACAGGAAAGAAUAUGUGGAGCCAGAGUUAAAUAUCAAUGACUUGUGGAAAGUGUGGCAGUGGGAUGAAAAGUGGACCCAGCUGAAGACCAGGAAGCAGAACCUGACCCGCCUGUUUCAGAAGAUGCAGUCCUAUCAGUUCGAGCAAAUCUCUGCUGACCCUGACAAACCAUUGGCCGAUGGAAUCCGUCCUCUGGACACUGCUGAUAUGGAGAGGCUGAAAGAUGUGCAGACUCUUGAAGAGCUGGGUGAUGUGUACAAUCACUUUUUGCUCUACUACGGUCGAGACAUUCCCAAAAUGCAGAAUGCUGCCAAAGCCAGCAAGAAGAGGCUCAAGAAGAUCAAAGAAGUGUCAGAGGAUGGUGAAGAGGAGGAACUGGAGGUGGAAGAAGAAGAAGAACAGAAAGGACCAGACCUUAAGCUGGCAUCUCGUAGGGAUAUGUACAGCAUCUGUCAGAGUGUUGGACUGGAUGGCUUGGCCAAGAAGUUUGGAUUAACUCCGGAACAGUUCGGUGAAAAUCUGAGAGACAGUUACCAGCGUCACGAGACGGAGCAGUUCCCCGCCGAGCCCAUAGAGCUGGCCAAGGAUUACGUUUGCAGUCAGUUCUCCACUCCAGAGGCAGUGCUGGAAGGAACCAGGUACAUGGUCGCCAUGCAGAUCGCUCGGGAGCCUUUGGUCAGACACGUUCUUCGACAGACCUUUCAGGAGAGGGCGAAGAUCAACAUCAAACCCACAAAGAAGGGCCGAAAGGAGGUAGACGAGGCGCAUUACGCCUACUCCUUUAAGUAUCUUAAGAACAAGCCUGUCAAAGAACUGAACGGGGAACAGUUCUUGAAGAUAUGCCUGGCAGAGGACGAGGGCCUGCUUUCCAUUGACAUCUGUAUAGACCUUAUAGGGGUAAAAGGGUAUGCUGGGGACCAGACGUACUUUGACGAGAUCAAACAGUUCUACUACAGGGAUGAGUUCAGUCACCAGGUGCAGGAGUGGAACAGGCAGCGAACUUUGGCCAUAGAGAGGUCUCUCAAUCAGUUCCUCUACCCUCAGAUGGCCAAGGAACUCAAGAGCAAACUUAUUGCAGAGGCCAAAGAGAGCAUUGUCAGGUCCUGCUGUCGCCGGCUGUACAACUGGCUCAAGGUGGCUCCUUAUCGGCCAGAUCAGCAGGUUGAGGAAGAUGAUGAUCUGAUGGAUGAGAGCCAGGGAAAAGGCAUUCGGGUGUUGGGUGUAGCCUAUGCACCAAGCAGAGAUACACCGGUUUUCUGCGCUCUGAUCAACGGGGAAGGAGAGGUCGUGGAUUUCCUGCGUCUGCCCUACUUCAUGAAGAGGAGGAAUGCCUUCAGGGAGGAUGAGAGAGAGAAGAAGGCCCAUGACAUUGAAAACCUCAAGAAGUUCCUGUCCGGCAAGAAACCCCACGUGGUAGCUGUCGCUGGAGAAAACCGAGAUGCACAAAUGAUUAUGGAGGACAUCAAGAGGACUAUCAGCGAGCUCGAGCAGGAGUCCUCUCUGCCCGCCGUGGGAGUGGAACUUGUUGACAAUGAGCUGGCCACGCUCUACAUGAACAGCAAGAAGUCUGAGGUGGAUUUUCGGGAUUAUCCUCCAUUGCUGCGUCAGGCCGUGUCAAUAGCCAGGAAGAUCCAGGAUCCCCUGGUGGAGUACGCUCAGGUCUGCAGCACUGACGAGGACAUUCUCUGCCUCAAGCUGCACCCCCUGCAGGAGCAUGUGGUGAAGGAGGAUUUGCUUAAUGCUCUUUAUUGUGAGUUCAUCAACCGCGUCAAUGAGGUCGGAGUGGAUGUAAACAGGGGCAUUGCUCAUCCUCACACCCAGAGCCUGGUCCAAUACGUCUGUGGUUUGGGCCCGAGGAAGGGCUCCCACCUUCUCAAGAUUCUGAAACAGAACAACACUCGUCUGGAAAACAGAACGCAGCUCGUCACAAUGUGUCACAUGGGGCCGAAAGUUUUCAUCAACUGUGCCGGUUUCAUCAAGAUCGACACUGCGUCACUUGGGGACAGUACGGACUCCUACAUCGAGGUGCUGGACGGUUCUCGCGUUCACCCCGAGACGUACGAGUGGGCGCGCAAGAUGGCUGUGGACGCCCUCGAGUAUGAUGAGUCGGCAGAAGAUGCCAACCCGGCCGGAGCUCUGGAGGAGAUCUUGGAAAACCCAGAACGUCUCAAGGAUCUGGACCUGGAUGCCUUCGCUGAAGAGCUCGAAAGACAGGGUUAUGGCAACAAGGGAAUUACUCUGUACGACAUCCGCGCAGAGCUCAGCUGCAGGUACAAAGACCUCCGAGUUCCCUACAGAGUUCCCAACACUGAGGAGGUCUUCAAUCUGCUCACCAAGGAAACUCCAGAGACCUUUUAUAUCGGUAAGCUCAUCACCAGCAUAGUGACUGGCAUCGCUCACCGGCGGCCUCAGGGGGAGAGCUACGAUCAGGCCAUCCGUAACGAUUCCACCGGCCUGUGGCAGUGUCCCUUCUGCCAGCAGGACAACUUCCCUGAGCUGAGCGAGGUGUGGAAUCACUUUGACAGCGGCUCAUGUCCGGGUCAGGCCAUUGGAGUGCGGAGCAGGUUAGAUAACGGCGUCCAGGGCUUCAUUCCCACCAAGUUCCUUAGUGACAAAGUGGUCAAACACCCUGAGGAGAGGGUCAAGGUGGGAAUGACAGUUCACUGCCGCAUCAUGAAAAUCGACAUUGAGAAAUUCAGCGUCGACCUCACGUGCCGCACCUCAGACCUGAUGGACAAGGCCAACGAGUGGAAGCUGCCCAAGGACAGCUACUACGACUUUGACACCGAGUCUGAAGACCAGAAGCAGGAGGAGGAGCUCAAAAAGAAACAGCAGCGAACACCGUAUAUAAAGCGUGUGAUCGCCCACCCCAACUUCCACAACAUCAGUUUCAACCAGGCAGAGAAGAUGAUGGAGACCUUGGACCAGGGAGAUCUGAUCAUCAGACCCAGCAGCAAAGGAGAAAAUCACCUCACGGUCACAUGGAAGGUGGCUGACGGCAUCUAUCAACACGUGGAUGUGAGAGAAGAAGGCAAAGAGAACGCGUUCAGCUUAGGGCACACUCUCUGGAUCAAUAAUGAAGAAUUUGAAGAUCUGGAUGAAAUCACCGCUCGGUACAUUCAGCCGAUGGCGUCGUUCGCCCGAGAUCUGCUGGGACACAAGUACUUCCAGGAGUGUAACGGAGGCAGCAAGGAGAAAAUGGAGGAGACGUUGCUCAGGGUAAAGAGAGAGAAGCCUACUUUCAUACCCUACUUUAUAUCUGCUUGUAAAGACCUGCCAGGGAAAUUCAUACUGGGCUACCAGCCUCGAGGAAAACCACGAAUCGAGUACGUGACCAUCACCCCGGACGGUUUCCGCUACCGCUCACAGAUAUUUCCAACAGUUAACGGACUAUUCCGUUGGUUUAAGGACCAUUAUCAAGAGCCCGUGCCAGGCAUCACACCUAGCAACAGCAGCCGAACGAGGACGCCUGCCUCCCUGAACGCCACCCCGGCAAACAUCAACAUCGCAGACCUGACGCGAGCUGUCAGCGCCCUCCCACGCAACAUGACUUCUCAGAUGUUCAAUGCCAUCGCCGCGGUCACGGGCCAGGGCCAGAACCCCAACACCACCCCUGCACAGUGGGGCUCCAGCCAGUACGGCUACGGCGGCAGCACGGGAGGAGGAGGGGGGAGCUCGUCUGCUUAUCACGUGUUCGCUACGCCUCAGCAGCCCAUAGCGACGCCCAUAGCGACGCCCAUGAUGACGCCCAGCUACUCCUACACCACGCCGAGCCAGCAGGCCCUGGGCACGCCGCAGUACCCCGGCUCCACGCCCCAGUCCUCGCACUCGCACGCACACGGAGGCCACCCGCACGGAGGCCACAUGCAGCACCACGGCCACCACAGCAGCCACCACGGCAGCCACCACGGCCACUCGUCGAGCACGCCGUCGUCUUCCACCUCGUCCCGAGGGCGCACGCCACAACAGCAGCCAAAGCCCAGCGGCAGCAACGCCUCCGCAGUGGACUGGGGCAAGAUGGCCGAGCAGUGGCUGAAGGAGAAAGAGGCGGAAGGCCGGAAGAAAGCCCAGAGGAUGACGCCGCGGCCGUCGCCCAGCCCCAUGAUCGAGAGCACGCCCAUGUCCAUCGCCGGAGACGCCACACCGCUGCUGGAUGAAAUGGACCGAUAGGGCACAGAGGGGGGGGGGGGUCGUUACACCCCCCCCGUACAUGACUUCAUCCAUUGUACUGCUCCGUCAUCUGGAUAACCCUUUUUCUGUCCCGCAACCCAUCAGCCCCUCCCUCCUCCCAACAACUAAGUUAAGCCCACUCCAUCCAGCUGAUGUUCAUUCACCCCCCCCCACCCCCCCACCCCCCAUAUUGUAGCUGAUGUUCAUUCAUACCUCUCUCCCCCCCUCCCUGCUCAUAUUGUAGCUACAGUAAACAUCCUGGUAUCAUGGCUCAAAUCAACCCUUUUUCUCCUGUCUGCCCAUCUCACACCAAAUGUUUUAAAUACUCACCUCGAGCCGCUCUGCUCUGGCUCCGUAGUAUUUUGUGCAGUCAGAUUAACACUCUACAUUAGACCAAGAAAGUCAGUACAAUGAGAGAGAGAGAAAAAAAAGUAUCUGAUGGCCAUUUUCACGUAGGAUAUGGACCUACACAGACACUGACAGGCGAGCUGUCCUGCUAUCUUUACUUUUGGCGAUUGGUUUUGAGUUUGAUCCGUGAAUGGUUCCGACAGAGGGGAAACGGUCCGCCCUCUCUCCCGUCGUGGUUGGUGGCGUUUCGCCAGCGGUUGCCAAAAAGAGCGCUUUGCCAAGCCAAUCAGGAAAAUUUAAUUUUGUAUGGAAUGCGUCAGAAUGAAUAAAGACAGUUUUUUUUUUCUUUCUGUUUGAA